AUUGGGGCUCUGGAGAUUAACUCCUCGGUAGGCAAGUUACGGCAAAAGCGGUCAUGGGUGGUAGACAUAUUAAAGAUGAAACGAGGAUUUGAAGGAUCCCUCGGACAGCAGUUGGAUUGAAUGGGGGUCCAUAACCGAACAAUGAAAGUAAUGAAACCAUGUGACUUUUUGUGCAUUCUGGAACAACUGAAAACACAUUUCGCAACUGACCUUUUACGUUAACAUCGAAGAAUGCAUCAUCUACGGUCCUGGUCUUGAUAAGCCUCCAGUGGGCCUUUUUGAUAUCAACAAGGAAACCAAGGAGAUGAAAGUAACUGGGAAUGUGGACUACGAUCAUAUGAAGAAUUUCUUGCUCGUGUUUGAAUGUUCUGCCCUGAAGCACGUGUACGAAAGACUUGCCGUGGAGAUUAUUAUCGAGGAGAUUUAUGAGCCAUAUUUUAGUAAUGGAACUUAUGUUAUCAGCGCAGAAGAAUCCAUGCUGCAAGGUACAAAUUUGUUGAUAAUGCCCGCACCAAACAAAACACAAGAUGCUUUAACUUUCAGUGUUAAAGCGACCCCGAACCAGCAUAAUGUUAUGUUCUUUUUAAAUGAAAAGCGAGAACUGUCAUUCCGAGGAUGUCUAGACUAUGAGGAAAACAAACAAUUUGCUGUAGUGGUUGAAGCGAAGAACCAAGAAAUUUACAAACCAUAUUCCAGCACGGCAACGGUGAUAAUCAACAUUAUAGAUAAAAACGACCAUAUACCUGUAAUUACAGGCAAAACUGGCACUGGACGGGUGAAAGAAAACGAGAUUGGAGUUGAAGUUUACAGAAUUCAAGUGUCGGAUAAAGACAGUCCUGGAUCUCCAGCCUGGAGGGCCAAAUUCAAACUUUACGGCGCAAAAGCUGAGAACUUUAAAAUUGAAACAAACCCCAAAACUAACGAGGGCAUCGUAUCAGUCGUAAAGCCACUAGACUUUGAAGAGACUCAGGAGCUGAACUUGACAGUUAAAGUGGAAAACGAAGAGCCGUUCUUUUCUUGUACGGUUCGUAAAAUGCACUACGAUGGACAGCUGUGGGAUGUUGAGCUUUCGAGAAACGGCUCGAGUUUUUCGACGCUUUCCUUCCCCAUCACCGUGGAGAACGUUAACGAGCCGCCAGAGUUCACUGAAACAGUUAAACAUGUCACUGUCAUGGAAAACACACCACCUGGAUACCUUCUGUGGACGAUCAAUGUAACGGACCAGGACCAGAUUCAACCAAACACGCAUCGAUUCAUUAAAGGGAAAGAUAUAGAUAACUGGGUAUCAGUAGACUUGAAGACCGGCGAAGUGACCACAGCUAAAGUUCUGGACAGAGAAUCGGUGUUUGUUUCAAACAGCACUUACACAGUCAUCUUGCAUGCUGUUGAUGAUGGUAUACCUCGGCAGACAGGUACAGGAACGUUGUUCAUCCACCUGUUAGAUGAGAAUGAUAACGCUCCACUGUUGAUGAACAACAAGGUGACUGUUUGCUUACCGGAAUCCAUGAUUAACAUCACCGCCACAGAUCCGGACCUUCCACCGUUCAGCGCUCCCUUCACCUACAAGAUACAAAACGAAAAGGGAAGAUGGAGGAUCGAACCGCUGAAGGGGGAAACUGUACGUUUGGUAAAAGACGCCAGCGUGUACUCAGGCAGCUACGAGCUCAUUCUGGAUAUUGCCGACUCUGGAGGACUUUCCUCGAAACAAAAACUGACAGUGACUGUCCAUAACUGCACAGGAGAACGCAAAGGGUACACGAAACGAGCCGGGGCCACUGGGACCGCCAUCAUCUUUUUAGGCCUUCUGUUGAUGCUGUGCGUCCUACUUCUGGUCUUCAAGUGUUCAAGGGGUUCCAAAGAUGCAGAAAAAAGACAAGUUCCUGACUUAGAGGAUUCAAAAGCGUUUGUGCGCUCAUAUAAUGAUGAAGGACCAGGAUGUGACAUUGAGGAGAAAUUACAAAAAGAGUUGAGACGCCCUCCAAAUAAUCACUUGGGUACGAAUGGACAGGUGAUUGUUACUGAGAACGAUUGGAAUUCUCAUCAAAGGCACCAAGAGACAACGCACAUGACGUUCAGUCACCAGACAAGAACUCGUUAUAAGGAAAGCUGGGAAACAGCUGAGAAGCAGGCCUUUUACAAGAAAAGCACAAGUUCUGCUGACUCACUGUCUCAGACAUGGAUCAUACUGAACUCUAUGAUUGAGAAGAAACUGUUAAGUCUUCAAGACCAGGGGAAGGAGCUGUGUCAUUAUAAGCCGCACCCAUAUAAUAACGAAGGGGAAUCUGGGGACCCUGCUCAGCUGGAGGCACUUACUCUGGCAGACAGCAACUUCAGUUUAGAUGAUCUCCAAAAUGCACAAAUCUCCAAAUUCCAGCACCUGGCUGCACAGUGCAGACGAGAUCACGUCCAGCAGAGCUUCACAAGCCAAUCAUCAUCCUCGUUAACAUCUUCUAUAAACCACGCAGGAGGAAAAUGACACUAAUUUAGAGGCUUACAUUUUACAUUUCAAAUGUGAGUCAGAGAUGGGUGCAAACUUUUUUUUUAUCACAAACUUUCUUUGUGGCUAGUUAGCUUUGUCUUACACUGAAAAAUGGUGGAAAUGCAAAAUCUGCAGUAAAUUUAUUCAAAGAAAAUAAAAACAGUUAAAAUAUUUAAAAGCGUUAUACACGUUAUAAUCGAUUUAUUUUUCCCAUGAAUAUGUAUACAAUUAUUCCCAAUAUCCUAUUUUCUUCAUUUCAUAGCUUUUCUCUCGGUUAUGCAUGUCUACAUUUAAGCUUCCAUACAAUCAGAUUUCAGCCGUCACAUCAAGUGUUGCCGAUGUCAAAGAAUCCUGCUUUAGUCCUUCAGAUUUAACAGGGCAGUUGCUUUAACCAAUCAGAUUUGAAUUUGGCGUCCACUGGGGGUCCACCCGGCAGGCGUACAAUAACAUAGACAUUAAUGACUGGCGUAGGAGAAGAGAUUGAUUUGGUCGCAGAUACAUUUAAGAAGGAAGUUUACAAGAUGGACUUUUCAAGGAAAGCUGGACAUCGUGAGUUUUUUUGAAAAGCGUUCAAAACCGUUUCUACUUUUGCCUUUUCUUUUUUUGUAGAAUUUGCACAAAAACACAAUUUCCCUUCAUUUCAAAUCCCCAGCACUCCGUUAUACUGUGGUUUCUCUAUUAUAUUGACGGUUUUCAUAGCAGCGGCGUCAUAAUGAUGGUAUUAAGAGGUGGACCUGAUUGAUGGAGGACACUGCUGAAGGCCUGAGUGUGAGCUCAGUCAUGUCAGACAGCUAAGACGAAGAAAGAAUGUGGAAACAUUUAAUUGUAUUAUUAUUUUUUGCCAAAUAUUUGGAUAUAAUGAAAAGUAUUAUGAAUUUCGUUCAUUAUUAUUAUUUAAUUUUUUCAGCUCUAGCACUUUAAACGUAUAUAAAACAAGACACACACACACACACACACACACACACACACACACACACACACCUUGGUCUUC